AUGAGGAUUGGGGAGCUAAGGCCUGACCAGUCAGUCCUAGUUGAGGCUUUAGUCCGUGAACUCGAAAAAUUGGAUAGUAAUGCAUACCCUGCACUUUAUAAUUUAGCAGAAAAUGAACUUUUUCGUUUGCGUGGUGGAAUCGCUGAUUCCUUUGAUCUGGUCACUAAUAAACCUGUUAAAGUCAGAGCAAAAAUAGAAAUACCACAAGCUCAAUUCCCAGCAGUCAACUUUGUUGGGAAACUCUUGGGGCCUGGGGGUCAAACCUUGAGAGCAGUGCAAGAAACAACUAAAACGAAAAUGGCGAUUUUAGGUUCUGGGUCAUUAAGAGAUGAAGCAAAAGAAAAAGAACUUCUUGCUAAUGGUGAUCCAAAAUAUCAGCACUUGAAACAAAAGUUACAUCUCCAGAUAGACAGUUUAGGACCACCAUCUGAAUCCUGUUACCGACUUGCUCAUGCCUUAGCGGAAGUUAGAAAGCUAAUGUUACCAGAGCAAACAGAACCUCCACUACAACCGUGGUCACAGACAACUCAAGACCCAUCCGUGGUUGCUAGGAACAUACCUGGUGUUAGGAAUGUGCGAGCAACAUUCCGCGCCCAACCCUCCAUCCCAUCACCUUUCACAUCACCUCAGGUUCAGAUUCCAUUCCGUGGUCGAGGCAAAAGUUGGAUUGGUAGAGGGGUGAUGAAAAACGGCGUAGGUAUUCCGCUUCAGUCCCCAGUCACUGCUGACCCUUUUGUUGAUGUUAAUCCAGUCAAUUACCCACCGAUAAAUUUAUACGAUGUAACAGAGUUCGGCCCUCAUAUGUUUGAGGAAUUCGGCCUGAAUUAUGGACAAGACGAUACGUGGGGGAAAGUCAGCAUUUCAGAACCUCGUGGACGAGGACGAGGCCAUCCCUACGCGCGUCCGGCAGUCAAUAAUGAUCACAAUAAUUUCGGGUAA